AUGCAAACUUCGCCGCCCACGAUCCUCGUUGACUCUCUCCCCAGGGGCCCUAGAGUCACAUUCAAAGACUCUACGUUCUUCGCACGCAAUGGGCCUGAAGCAACCUUUCCAUCUGCUGAUCAAGUCCGAGCCAAGAGUGAAGCUGGCGACCACGUCCUUGAUAGGAAGAAUACUGUUAUCUUUGAAUCGCUUGGCUUAGUCGUCAAAUUCGGCAAAGAGCCUCGCGUCACUGUGGCGGAAGGCCAGUGCCUUUGGUGGUUGUAUCGAUAUCUUCUAAGCGUCUCUGUACCUGAGAUAUAUGGCUGGACCGAAGAUGGAGGAAAAGUAUUCUUGUAUAUGGAGCUGGUCAAAGGCAUGACCUUGGAGAAAAGAUGGGAUUCCUUGAGUAGGGAUGACAAAGUUGGGGUUUGCGAACAAUUGCGACAUAUGGUCAAUGAGUUACGUCGGAUAAAACGCGAUCCAGAGGAUAGGUUUCUUGGACAAAUCAACCGCGGACCACUACAAGAUGUGGCAUUCGCCGACGGAAUCCGACCAAGAGCAGGACCGUUUUCAUCAGUGAAAGAAUUCCAUGACUGGUUUUCUUUCCUGAUAAGACUACAAGCCGCUAGUGGUCCCCACUGGGAAGGUUAUAAGUUUGAGGAUAUACCUGAUCCAUAUCGUCAAUUACUACCUGACGAUCCUGAAGUUGUGUUCACUCAUGCUGACCUUCACCAAAGCAACAUAAUGGUCUCUGAAGGAUCACCUUGCCGUGUUGUCGCUUUGAUAGACUGGCACCAGUCAGGUUGGUAUCCCGAUUACUGGGAGUUUUACAAGGCUGUGUAUACCAACCACUGGGAGUCUGAGUGGGUGCAGGAGUACAUCCCGAUGUUCUUGGAGGAGCCUCGGGAAACCUUUAUUGACGGUAUUGAUAACUAUGCACGCUCAUGGGGGUUUAUGUAG